AGUAGUAAUAGUAGUAGUAGUAGUAGUAAUAGUAAUAGUAGUAGUAGGAGUAGUAGUAGCAGUAGAGUAAGUAGUAGUAGUGGCAGUAGUAGUAGUAGUAGUAGUAGUAAUAGUAAUAGUAGUAGUAGUAGUAAUAGUAGGCGUAAUAGUAGUAGUAGUGCUAAUAGUAGUAAUAGUAGUAGUAAUAGUAGUAGUAGUAGUAAUAGUAGUAGUAAUAGUAGUAGCAAUAGUAAUAGUAGUAGUAGUAGUAGUAGUGGCAGUAGUAGUAGUAGUAGUAGUAAUAGUAAUGGUAGUAGUAAUAGUAGUAGUAGUAUUAAUAGUAGUAGUAGUAGUAACAGUAGUAGUAAUAGUAAUAGUAGUAGUAGUAGUGGUAGUAAUAGUAGUAGCAAUAGAAAUAGUAGUAGUAGUAGAAGUAAUAGUAGUAGUAGUAGUAAUAGUAGUAGUAAUAGUAAUAGU